AUGUCGGAGCUAGUGGUGUUGCUGGUGCUUCUGCCUUGCAUUGCAUGCAAAGUAGAUACAAUGGCAUGCUCCAGAGAGGAGAUCCAUAUUCCUCAUGAAUGGUACCAACCAGGGGAUUUCCUCAUUGGUGGGAUUGUUUCUCAAUUCAGCUACCACGUACACGAACAAAAGUUUGAAAAUGAUUUUCCUCAAGAGACGUUUGAAUUCACAGAAAUGAUAACAAAGUUUUACCAGCACCCCUUGGCCUUGGCCUUUGCUGUCAACGAGAUCAACAUGGAUUCCAAAAUCUUGUCCAAUGUCACACUCGGGUUCCAGAUCUAUGACACAUACAAUGAUGAUAAGAUGACCUACCGCACCACUCUGGAUCUGCUCUAUAAAUCCCAUAGAUAUGUUCUGAAUUAUGGAUGUGACACGCACAAAAACCUGAUGGCUGUCGUGGGGGGACUUGGUUCUGAUGUCUCCUUCCACAUGGUGGACAUUCUAAGUCUCUAUAAAAUUCCACAGCUCACAUAUGGGUCAUUUUCUCAAGUGGAGAGGGGCAACUCAAAGUCCCCUUCCUUCUAUUGCAUGGUUCCCAGUGAAGCCCAUCAGUAUGUGGGGCUCAUUCGAUUACUUCAGCGCUUUGGAUGGACAUGGGUUGGGCUCUUUGCCAUGAAUGACGAUAGUGGAGAACACUUCAUUCACGAAAUGGAGCCAUUGCUUUUCCAACAUGGAAUUUGUGUGGCCUUUGCAGAAACAAUGAUAAAGCAAGGCCACUGGAAUACCUUCGGGGAUGCCAUAGAUUUAUUUUCAAAUGUUUAUCCAGCUUUGGUAGACAGCAAAGCCAAUACAUUUAUCCUCUAUGGAGAAACUAUGACCAUUAUUGCAUUGACCACAUUUCUAUACCUAGGUAAUCAUGAUUUACUGGAAAACACUUCAUUUGGAAGGGUGUGGAUUAUGACAGCCCAGACUGAUUUUGCAUUAGCGGCCCUUCAAAGGGCCUGGAGUCUUGAAUUCUUCCAGGGUUCAAUUUUCUUCUCCAUUCACUCACAAGAGCUUGUAGGGUUCCAGAAGUUUCUUCAAAGCAUAAACCCUUAUUGGACACAAGGUGAUGGAUUUCUCAAGGAUUUCUGGGAACAAGCAUUUGACUGUCCUCUAAAUUCCCAAGACUCAUCUCAGAUUCAUGGAACUGGUACUGGGCAAGAGAAGCUGGAGAGUCUUUCUGGGCCUGUUUUUGAGAUGCAGAUGACUGGCCACAGCUACAGCAUCUAUAAUGCAGUCUAUGCCAUAGCCUAUGCUCUGCAUGUCAUGUGCCUCUCUUGCUCCAAGCACAAAUCCAUGCUGGGUGUCUGCAAAAUCAAAGGCCUUCAACAUCUCCAGCCUUGGCAGCUCCACGAAUUCCUUCGACACAUUUCAUUUAACAACUCUGCAGGAGAAGUGGUGUCUUUUAAUUAUAAUAAGGAAAUAGGAGGUGGCUUUGAUAUCAUGAACUUGGUCACAUUCCCCAACAAGUCUUUUGAUAAAGUGAAAAUUGGGAAGGUGGAUCCAGAUGCUUUUGAAGGAGAGGAAUUGAUCAUUGAUGUGGACAGAAUUGUGUGGCAGAGCCAAUUUAACCAGGUAGUGCCAAUUUCACUGUGCAAUGACUACUGUCCCCCUGGUUCUCAGAAGCAAAAGAAGGAAGGGGAGCAGUUUUGCUGCUACAAUUGUGUUCCAUGCCCAGCUGGAAAGAUAUCCAACCAGAAAGAUAUGGAGGACUGUAUCAAAUGCCCAGAAGACCAAUAUCCAAGCAAGGACCAAGAUCAAUGUUUUCCUAAGACAAUAAGCUUUCUGUCUUAUGAAGAACCUCUGGGGAUCAUUUUAACCUCUGUUACCAUUUCUUUUUCAGUAAUCACUAUAUUGGUGCUGGGAAUUUUUAUUAAGCACAGAGAUACGCCCAUAGUCAAAGCCAACAACCGGGAUAUCACCUGUGCUCUGUUAAUCUCUCUCUUUUUCUGCUUUGUUUCUUCUUUGCUCUUCCUUGGACAACCUACCAAGGUGACCUGCUUCCUCCGGCAAUCUGCUUUUGGCAUCAUAUUCUCCGUGGCUGUUUCUUGUGUCUUGGCCAAAACCAUCACUGUAGUUGUAGCUUUCAUGGCCACCAAACCAGGAUCUGGGCUGAGGAAGUGGGUAGGAAAAAGAAUGACCAACUUCAUUGUUCUUUCCUGCUCCAUUAUCCAAAUCUGCAUUUGCACAGUGUGGCUAGGAACUUCUCACCCUUUCCCAGAUUUGGACACCAAGUCAAUGACUGAAGAGAUCAUAGCAGAAUGUAAUGAAGGGUCUGUCGUCAUGUUUUAUAUUGUUCUGGGCUACUUGGGACUUCUGUCCAUCAUCAGCUUGACUGUGGCUUUCAUUGCCCGAAAGUUACCAGACAGUUUCAAUGAAGCCAAGUUCAUCACCUUCAGCAUGCUGAUGUUUUGUAGUGUUUGGCUCUGUUUUGUUCCAACCUAUCUGAGCACCAAAGGGAAAUCCAUGGUAGCUGUGGAGAUCUUCUCUAUCUUGACCUCCAGUGCUGGGUUAUUGGGCUGUAUCUUUUCCCCCAAGUGCUACAUUAUUGUUUGGAGGCCUGAGCUGAACAAAAGGGAAAACUUAAUGCAGAGAAUGAAUUAA